AUGUCGAUUGAAAUAACUGAAAAAGAAAUUUUAUAUGAUAAUCCAUAUGCACCAAUCGUUAAAUUUUCUUAUUCAAAUAAUAUUGAUGAUGAAGAUAUGACUGAUGAUGAAAUAUCUUCUAAUAUAAUUAAUGAUAAUUUAUUAUAUACUAGUCUUGAACAUUCAUUUAAAGCAUUUUCACUUGAAGAUCUUGUUAAAUCAUUUGAUAAUACAAUUAAUACAUGUUUUUUUAAUGAACAAAUAAUUGAAUCAGAAGAAUUUCUUCCUAUAAAACAAAUAGAUCUUAUUUCUACAUCAAAUACAUGGUCAAAUUUAAUUGAAAAUCUUCAAACAUCUUUACGUCAUGAUUUAAAAUUACCACAUAUAACAAAAAAUUGUCAUAUAGCAAUGAAUAAUAUAAAUGAAAAAAAUUUUUUUGAUAAUGAAUUUAUAUCAAUUGAUGAUUUAAAUGAAGAUGAAGAAGAAGAAUUACGUGAAAAAUUAGAUAUGCAUUCAGUUAUUGUUUCAUCAAAUAAUUUUCAUCAUGAACCAUUUCUUACAGCUGAACAAGUUAUAAGUGAAAUUGAUUUUAUGUUACAAGAUAUGACACCAGAUUCAGGUUAUUGUGACCAUGAUGUUGAUGUUGAUGAUGAUGAUGAACAACAUUUACAUGUAUCAUGUAUUAAAAAUAAUGAAUUUUAUUUAAAAAAUCAAUCAAUUAAUUCAUUAAAUGAAUUAUAUGAUGAAUUAAAUAUAUUAAUUAAAAAUUUAUCAAAUAUACUUAUACAAGAAUUAGAUAAUCGAGAUGAAUUUGAAUAUGAAAAAGAAACUAAAAAUACAUUUAUUUCACUUGUACUUAGUAUUCAAAAUAAACGUCGACAAUAUGAAAAUGAUAAAAUUGAAAAACAUCGUGGAAAUAACAAUCAUAUUGAACCGGGAACGUAUUUAACAACAAUAAUACCAUUUGAUCGUGAUCAUCCAACAUAUCUAUCAGUUGAACAUUUAGAAAAUUUAAAUAAAAUUCUUUAUGCUAUUAAUGAAGAUAGUGCUCAAGUACCUGAUCUAUUAACAAAUUAUAUUCUUAAAGUUCUAUGUCCAUAUUAA